AUGGGAAGCAGGCACUUGCUCCUGCUCUCGGGUCUUGGUGUCUUGCUGGCUGUGUCAGGACCAGAAGCCAGGAAUUCUGGAGAGAACCAUGGUGGGAACACACAGUCACCAGGGAAUAUUUGGGUAAGUGCGGUGAAGCCUGGGAUUGGGAAGCAGCUGCCUAGAAGUGCGAGAACAAAACAUUUGUGUGUCUACUGGGAAGAAUCUCAGGAAGAGGGGGGCAGCUGGUCCACGGAGGGCUGCUCUCACGUAUACAGCAACGAUUCUCACACCCAAUGCAAGUGCUACCACCUGUCCAGCUUUGCUGUCCUUGUGGCUCUUACCCCCAAGGAGGAUCCUGUGCUGACCAUGAUCACCCAGGUGGGGCUCAUCCUCUCCCUGCUGUGCCUCUUCCUGGCCAUCCUCACCUUCCUCCUGUGCCGGCCCAUCCAGAACACCAGCACCACCCUCCACCUGCAGCUCUCCCUCUGCCUCUUCCUGGCCCACCUCCUUUUCCUCACAGGCAUCAACAGAACUGAGCCUGAGGGGCUCUGCUCCGUCAUUGCAGGGCUGCUGCACUACCUCUACCUGGCCGCCUUCACCUGGAUGUUCCUCGAAGGGCUGCACCUCUUCCUCACCGUCAGGAACCUCAAGGUGGCCAACUACACCAGCUCAGGACGAUUCAAGAAGAGCUUCAUGUACCCUGUAGGCUAUGGGAUCCCGGCUGUUAUUGUCGCUGUGUCUGCAAUAGCUGGACACAAAAAUUAUGGAACAUAUACUCACUGCUGGCUCAAGCUUGACAAAGGGUUCAUUUGGAGCUUCCUGGGGCCGGUGGGAGUCAUUAUCUUGAUAAACCUGGUGUUCUACUUCCAAAUUCUGUGGAUUUUGAGAAGCAAACUUUCCUCUCUCAAUAAAGAAGUUUCCACCAUUCAGGACACCAGGUAA